AUGCCCAUCACAAUCCUCCAGCCCCGGCCCGCGCCGUCGCGGCCCCUCGGCGCGUCCGCCCACGCGGCACACGGCGGCUCUGACUACGACUCGGACUCGGACUCGGACUCGGACGGCGGCGGCGCGGACCUCCAGGGCGACGUGCCGAUGCGCGCGCCCAAGCGCCGUCGCGCGAGCCUCGACGACGACGACGACGAUGGCACCGACGCCGACGAGAUUCUCACGCCGGGCAGCGUCAUCACCUCGAACCCGCAAUGGAUGCGCGGCCACGGCACAUACGUGCCCCCCAACUCCACAGACAUCACCUCCUCCCUCGCCGGCACCCUCACCAAGACCAACAAGCUCCUGUCGGUGCGUCCCCUGCGCGCGCGCUACACGCCCGAGAUCGGCGACCUGGUGGUCGGCCGCAUCGUCGAGGUGCAGGCCCGGCGGUGGCGCGUCGACGUCGCCGCCUCGCAGCUCGCCAUCCUGCAGAUCUCGGCCAUCAACCUCCCCGGCGGCAUCCUGCGCAAGCGCACCGAGACCGACGAGCUCCAGAUCCGCUCCUUCUUCGCCGAGGGCGACCUCGUCGUCGCCGAGGUCCAGCAGCUGCACCAGGACGGCGCCGCCAGCCUCCACACCCGCAGCCUCAAGUACGGCAAGCUCCGCAACGGCGUCUUCGUCGGCGUGACCGGCACCGGCGGCGGCGGCGGCGUCGUCCGCUCCAAGAGGCAGGUCUGGACCACCGAGGCGGCCAACGGCGCGGGCAAGAUUGACGUCCUGCUCGGCGUCAACGGGUACAUCUGGAUUAGCAGGCAUGUCGAGGGCGACCCCGCCGCCGAGGCUGCCGGCAUCAACCGCAUGGAGGAGACGGUCAGCAGCAAGGUCUACUCGAGCCAAAACGACGACAUUGACGUCGCCACCAUGCGGGAGAUUGCUCGCUUCCGGAGCGUCAUCCUGGCGCUCGUGGAGAAUGGGCUGCGCGUCGACGAGGAUACGGUGACGAGGGCAUAUCACGAGGCUGUCGAGAUUGGCCGGGAAUCGGCAGACGACGACCUGUACUUGGGGGGAGAAAGGGGCAAGAGGUUGGCUGCCAUCAUCGCCAGCCGGUAG